AUGUCAUCCACAGGUGGAGUUCCUCCCAACAUCAGUGUCUCAGUACUCCAUGACUUACUUAGCUCCCCCUCCACCACCACUCCACCGCCAUCUUGCAGCAUAGACGAGUCCUACAAGUACAUCUUCCUCCCCAUCUGUUACUCUUUCACGUUCCUCUUCAGCAUCUCCCUGAACGCCAUCAUCCUCUACCGUUCCUUCCGCCAGACCAAACGCUGGAAUGCUUCACUGAUCUACAUGGUGAACCUAGCCUCUACAGACUUUAUGUAUGGCCUGUCACUGCCAUUCCUUGUGGCCAGUUACAUUAUGCAUGACCGCUGGGUCUUUGGGGACUUCAUGUGCCGCCUGGUCCGUUUUCUCUUCUACUUUAACCUCUACUGCUCCAUCUUCUUCCUCACCUGCAUCUCUGUCCACAGGUACCUCGGUAUCUGCCACCCAAUGAAAGUCAUCACACUUGAGACCAAGAAGGCUGUCAAGUGCACUUGUGUCCUGGUUUGGAUUGUAGUGUUUGCUUUGACCUGCCCUAUCUUCCGGUUUGCUCAGACUGGUCAUGUAACAAGAUUGGGAGGGCUUGGCGGCAAUGCAAACAGCAUUGACAACCCAAUCCAUGAGGUAUCAUCGAUAAAUGGUAAUGCCAGCUAUGGUAGCAUGGGAGGGGUCAUUACAGAGUACCAGAACUGUUGGGACGAUGCCAUAGAUAAGGAGUUUCCAAAUUACAUACCCUAUGGCAUCAUACUCCAUUUGCUGGGCUUUUUUGUGCCUUUUUCAAUAAUUGCUUGGUGUUACUCUCACGUUGUUCUGACCAUAUUUAGGACUCUGCAUUCUCAGCCCUCAUCCUGCAGAGUUCGAGGAGAGGGACGACAUGGAGGAACAGAGAGAAGAGAGAGAAAUAGCCCCAGAAUAGUUGCAAGAGGAAGCAAUGGACUGUCGAGGACACUGGAAAGAGAUGAAGGGAUAUCCAUUUUCCUCGGUGCCCAUUCGCCUUAUGCCAAUCGCAGACGUAAAUCUAUCAAGACCAUCAUCACCAUCACCCUUCUCUUUGUGCUGUGUUUCUUCCCCUUUCAUGUUACUAGAACCAUCUUCCUCCUGCUGAAAGUGACCAAGGGAGUCCCAUGUCACACUAUGACCAUGGUCUCCAUGUGCUAUAAGAUCACAAGGCCUUUGGCGUCUUUCAACGCAUGGCUCAACGCCCUCCUUUACUUCUUGACUAAAGACAAGGGGGGAGCUCACUGCUGCCAGGCGGUAAGCACCACCACCCAACAACAUGGUGGGCUUCUAUUGCCUCUGAGGAUGAUGGGAAAAGGAGAGGAUGCAGAGGAGGGAAGGCUGGGAGACAGAAAUGACAAUAAGGAGACUAAAUCAUUUCACAACAGUCCGUCGUACAUGAACAGAGCAAAAAUCAGAUAUAUAGUUGAAUGA